GUCAGAGGCCAAGUAUCCUCCAGAACCAGCCCAAGCGUCCUCGUAACGCGACGAACAACACGGAGCGCCCCACUCGUCAGUCAUCACCGUCUCCCGAAGCUUCUGGAAGGUGAUGGCGGAAGCUUCGAGAACCUCGGAGGCGCGACGGGACUCCGUGUUCGGGCGGUGGGUCGUCUUCUCGCCGGCGCGCUCGCGCCGCCCCACCGACCUUAAGUCCCACAACCCCACGAACCCUAGCCCCGACCCCGGCGCCGAGGCCCCCAAGCCGUCCUGCCCCUUCUGCGCCGGCCGCGAGUCCGAGUGCGCGCCCGAGAUCUUCCGCGUGCCGGCGCCGCCCGAGGCUUCGCCGUGGCGGAUCCGCGUCAUCGAGAAUCUGUACCCCGCGCUGCGGCGCGACGCCGAGCCGCCGGCGCCGGAGGAGGUUCCCCCGGAUGGGGAGCCCGGGGAGCGCGCCGUGCGCGGGUUUGGGUUCCACGACGUGGUCAUCGAGACGCCGCGCCACGACGUGCGGCUCUGGGACCUGGACGCCGAGGGGGUCCGCGACGUGCUUCUCGCGUACGCGCGGCGCGUGCGGCAGCUCGCUGAGCACCCCGCGGUGAAGUACGUUCAGGUGUUUAAGAACCAUGGGGCGUCUGCUGGGGCAUCGAUGGCACAUUCACACAGCCAGAUGUUGGGAACUCCCUUUGUCCCUCCCUGUGUUACAACCCGACUUAACUGCAUGAAGGAGGUUUUUGAUAGAUCAGGGAACUGCAGCCUUUGCGAGAUUAGGUCCAAAGAUAUUUUGAUCAGUGGGACACCCAAUUUUUCUGCCAUUGUUCCAUUUGCAGCAUCAUAUCCAUUUGAGAUAUGGAUUAUUCCUCAACAACAUAUUUCCUAUUUCCAUGAAAUAGAUCACGAUAAGGCAUUGGACCUUGGGUCUUUGUUGAAGACUAUGCUGCAAAAGUUGUCUAAGCAGCUCAAUGACCCGCCAUUCAAUUUUAUGAUCCACAGCACGCCUUUUGGACUCUCGUCAUCCUGCCUGCCUUAUGCACACUGGUUCCUCCAGAUUGUGCCCCAGUUAAGUGUAAUAGGUGGAUUUGAGAUUGGAAGUGGGUGCUACAUUAAUCCAGUUUUUCCUGAAGAUGCUGCCAAGAUUAUGAGGGAACUUGACUGCUUAACCUAGCUGGUUGUGGGCGCAUCUGAUUGCUCAUUUGUAUUCAAUCGGAACAAUGGAUAUGUUCCGACAUAGUUUUCUUAUUGAGAAAAUACCAUGCUAAUAAUACGAAUGGAAGGUUAACAUGGUAUGUAACAUAAACCCCUGUUUCAGCGAGGAAGAUUUGUUGGGUCAGCUUACCUAAAUGGCUGAAUCCCACCAAAUCCCCUCAUUCAAACAGGCUCGCAUGCUAAGUUUGUGUUUUUACCCUAAGAUAAA